AUGCACUCCAUUCAGAGAUCCACAACCAAUCUUCCAUGGAGAUCCAGCACUUACUAUGGCGCAUCAACCGGAAACAAAUUAAUCCCGAACGCCAGGAGUAUGCCCGAACCUCACCUGGAUGACUACAGACUGGGAGCACUGGAUCCGGUUAAAAUACCGCCCGUGUUUUCUGCUGCUAGGAGCAAUCUGUAUACCAGGUACACGCCAACUGAUUGGAACAUUUGCAACGUCGUCAACGGUGUUGUCACAGAAAAAGUAGUGGCGGGCUCUGAAGAGCUGAGAGGCAAUGCCACCAGGCUGUGUAAAGAGCUGGACGACAAGACGAGGCGAACCCAAGAAGAUGUGAGCAGGAAACUAGGCGAAAGAAUUGGAAACAUUGAACAGUGGAAGAGCGAAGUGAAAGCUGAGAUCGACGACAUGGUGAGUGAAAUUGACGCGCUGGAUAAAGCUAAAACAUGUUUAGCUAAAACUCAGCUGGAUCUAGACGUACCACUGAAGAUAGCUGAAGAAUGUUUGUACAGUCGUGAGAAGAGGAGAGGAAUUGAUCUGGUCCAUGAUGAAGUCGAGAAGCAGCUUAUCAAGGAGAUUGAUAUCUUGAAAAGUAAUCAGGAAAACUCUAGAAGAUUAGUCGAAGAUGCAGCGGCUCAAAUAGCUUUGAAUCGAGCGGCCCUGCACGAACUUGAGAAAGAUCUGGACGAUAAGUUGGUGGCCUUGAACUUGGACAACAACUGCCACAGGAUGAAGGACUCCACCAGAUCUCUACAUUACUAUGAUGGCGUUCAUCGCGUCGAUAACUCAACUUCAAUCCCUGUAACCUGGGCUCAGUUCAGCGCCGACAACAUUCGAAGGUCAAGGGCGGAGAGGCUGAGAUCACGUGACAUCCGGAAAUCAAUCGAGGGUUUGUGUAACGGUGUGAUGGACGAAGUGAAUGAUCAGUGGAACAGAGUGAAUGACGCCCUAGAAGAUAGGCUGAAAGAGUACGCCGAUGCUAAGAAUAAACUUCAGUACAAUUUGACAAAGACCCUGCAAGAAAUAUUGGACCAGGAGAAAGCCAUAGAACUGUUGAGGGUGUCGAUCAGAGAGAAGGACUCCCCACUACAACUUGCUCAGACCAGGCUGGUCACCAGACUGAGAAGGCCAAACAUGGAAACGUGUAAAGAUUCAGCCCAGCAUAGGCUGGUCGGCGAAGUGUACGAAAUAAACGAAUCGGUGGACAUCCUGCGGGCCAAACUGAGGCAGUCGGAAAACGCCCUCCAGCACCUGCUGAAAACAAAACUGAGCCUGGAGCAUGACCUUGACAUUAAGAACAACAGCAUCGUCAUCGAUCGCGAGAAGUGCCUCGGCAUUCGUCGUAAUUAUAAUUUUCCCCUCGCCAGAUGCAUCUAUUCUUUUUAAUUUUUUUUAUUUUAUGACCGUGACAUCAUCGUGAAAUGUUAAGGUGACCAUGUCGCUGUGACUAGGUUCGAAUGCCGAGAUCCUCACCCUCCAAAUGCAUACUGAGUGUUGAAAUACUAAGGAUGAUUUGUAAAAAAAAUGUUAAUAAUACAAAUUUAAUAAAAUAAAUUUUAUUUACUUUUUGAUUUAUACCUCUAAGGGUUAAUAUGUUGUAAGCACUUGCAAAUGCGUACUUCUCUAUUACAUCGGCCGUGAAAAUGUAUAAACGUUUACUAUCUGACACAUAACUUUUUAUGUGUAUUUUUAUAGAUUUUAAAGUUAUAGUACGUUGAAUUUUAUUAAAACGUCUUCAAUUAUGAAACAAUUUUUUUUAGUUCAACAAAACUGUGAUGAAAUUAACUUUUUUUCAAAAUUAUUUUUCUGAAAUAUUUUUAAUAAUAAAUUUUUUGAAAUUUAGUUAAAAUAUAGCUUAGUUAACACAGAGUUUUUUUCACUACUAACAACACUUGAUUCACUUUGCUUUCAUAUAAUUUUGUAUUCACGUGUAUAUUAAAUUACAUUAUAUUAUAUUAUAAUAACCUAUAUUUUAAAGUUUAUUUCAAGUUUUAUAUAUUUAGAAUAGAAUAAAGAAGAUUUGAACAAAAAAAA